AUGAGAGAGAGUCCAUUGUCAUGCUCAGCGUGUGGGAAAUCUUUCACAGAAGAAAGGGCACUUCUUAGACACAUAAAAGGUCACAAAAGCGAGCGCCUUUUCUUAUGUUCAGAGUGUGGGAAAUGUUUCGCUGAGAAAGGCGGUCUUGUUAGACACCAGAGAAUCCAUACAGGCGAGCAUCUCUAUUCAUGUUUAGAAUGCGGAAAAUGUUUCAUUCAGAAAGAAAAACUUCACAUUCAUGAGAGGAGUCACACAGGUGAACGUCCGUAUUCAUGUUCAGAGUGCGGGAAAUGUUUCAGUCAAAAGGGAGACCUUAUAAUACACCAGAGGAUUCACACAGGUGAGCGUCCUUAUUCAUGUUCAGAGUGCGGCAAGUGUUUUACUGAGAAAGGAAAGCUACACAUACACCAAAGAAGUCACACAGGUGAACGGCCUUAUUCAUGUUUAGAGUGCGGGAAGUGUUUCAUUCAGAAAGGAAACCUUCUAACACACCAGAGAAUUCACACGGGCGAACGUCCUUAUGAAUGCUCAGUGUGUGGGAAAUGUUUCACUAGGAAUCAAGGACUUCUUAAACACCAAAGAAUUCACACAGGUGAGCGUCCAUAUUCAUGUUCAGAGUGUGGGAAAUGCUUCAUCCAGAAAAGAGACGUACAUAAACACCAGAGAAGUCACACAGGUGAGCGUCCCUAUUCGUGCUCAGAGUGUGGGAAACGUUUCAUUCAGAAAGGAGACCUUCUUAAACACCACAGAAUUCACACAGGUGAGCGUCCUUAUUCAUGUUCAGAGUGCGGGAAAAGCUUCACUCAGAAACGCGCACUUAACGCACACCAGAGCGCUCACACAGGUGAGCGCCCUUAUCGCUGCUCAGCAUGCGGGAAGUGUUUCAGUUGGAAAAGCGCACUUGCUACUCACCAGAGAAUUCACACGGGCGAGCGUCCUUAUUCCUGUUCAGGGUGCGGGAAAGGUUUCACUCGGAAAAAUGCGCUCAUCACACACCAGAAGAUUCACACGGGCGAGCGUCCUUAUUUGUGUUCGGAGUGCGACCAAAGGAUUCACACGGGUGAGCAUCCUUAUUCAUGUUCCGAGUGCGGGAAAUGUUUCGUUCACAAAAGAAACCUACUGGAACACCAAAGAAGUCACACAGGCGAGCGCCUUUAUUCGUGUCCGGAGUGCGGGAAAUCUUUCAAUCAGAAAGGAAACCUUCUCAAACACCGGAUGAUUCACACGGGCGAGCGACCUUAUCUGUGUUCAGAGUGCGGAAAAGGUUUCACUCAGAGAGACAGACUUCUUAUACACAACAGAAUUCACACAGGCGAGCGUCCUUAUUCCUGUUCAGAGUGUGGGAAAUGUUUCAUUCAGAAAGACAAACUUCUGAGACACCAGAGAAGUCACACCGGUGAGCGUCCUUUUUCAUGUCCAGUGUGCGGGAAAUGUUUCAGUCGUAAAAGCGCACUUGUUCCACACCAGAAAAUUCACACAGGUGAGCGUCCUUUCUCAUGUUCAGAGUGCGGGAAAUCUUUCAUUCAGAAAGGAAGCCUCCUUAUACACCAGAGAAUUCACACGGGUGAGCGUCCCUAUUCAUGUUCAGAGUGCGGGAAAUGUUUUUUUCAGAAAGUGGAACUUGUUAAUCACCAGAAAAUUCAUACUGGUGAGCGUCCUUUCUCAUGUUCAGAGUGUGGUAAAGGUUUCAUACAUAAAGGAAACUUUCUUAAACACCAGAAAACUCACACAGGUGAGCGUCCUUAUUCAUGUUUAGAGUGCGGGAAAAGUUUCAUUCAGAAAAGUAGUCUUGUCUUUCACCAGAGAGUUCACACGGGUGAGCGCCCUUAUUCAUGUUUAGAGUGCGGAAAAGCCUUUACUCAAAAAAGACAUCUUGUUAUCCACCAGCAAAUUCACAAGAGUGAGCAUCCUUUCUCAUGUUCAGAGUGUGGGAAAUGUUUCAAUCAGAAAGGAAGCUUUCUUAAUCACCAGAGACUUCACACGGGCGAGCGUCCCUAUUCAUGUUCAGAUUGCGGGAAAUGUUUUGUAAUAAAAAGUCACCUUGUUACACACCAGAGAACUCACACAGGAGAACGACCUUAUUCCUGUUCAGAGUGCGGGAAAUGUUUUGUUACAAAUGGACAACUUGUUAUACACCAGAGGAGUCACACAGGUGAGCGUCCUUAUUCGUGUUCGGAGUGCGGGAAAUGUUUCAUUCACAAAGGAGAACUUAGUAAACAUCAUAGAAGUCACACGGGUGAACGUCCCUUUCCAUGUUCAGAGUGCGGGAAAUGUUUCAGUGAUCAAGGAAGCCUUCUUAUACAUCAGAGAACUCACACCGGUGAGCGUCCCUAUUCAUGUUCAGAGUGUGGGAAAUGUUUCACUAUGAAAGAAAGCCUUGUUUCUCAUUUUAGAAUUCACACAGGUGAGCGUCCCUAUUCAUGUUCAGAGUGCGAGAAAAGCUUCAUUACAAAAGGACACCUUGUUUUACAUGAAAGAAUUCACACAGGUGAACGUCCUUUUUCAUGUUUAGAGUGCGGGAAAUGUUUCAGCGACAAAGGUUACCUGCGUAAACAUCAACGAAUUCACACAGGCGAGCGUUCUUAUUCAUGUUCAGAGUGCCGGAAAUAUUUCAGUCACAAAGUGAGCCUUCUUUUACAUCAGAAAAUUCACACGGGCGAGCGUCCCUUUUCCUGUUCACAGUGCGAGAAAUGUUUCAUCACCAAACAAAACCUUGUUUCACACCAAAAGAUUCACGCAGGUGAACGUCCCUAUUCAUGUUCAGAGUGCGGGAAACAUUUCAUUACGAAAGGACAGCUUGUUUCACACCAAAAAAUUCACACAGGUGAGAAUCCUUACUCAUGCUUGGAGUGCGGGAAAUUCUUCAAUCACAAAGGAAACCUUCAUAAACAUCAGAAAAUUCACACAGGCGAACGUCCCUUUCCGUGUUCGGAUUGCGGGAAAAGUUUUAUUCAGAAACACGAUCUUCUGAAACACCAGAAAGUUCACAGCGGGGAGCGUCCCUAUUUAUGCUCAGAGUGCGGGAAAUGUUUCACUCAAAAGGGAGCACUUACUAGACACCAGAAAAUUCACACAGGUGAGCGUCCCUAUUCUUGUUCAGAGUGCGGGAAAUCCUUCACUCUGAAGGGAAAUCUUGUGCAACACUACAGAACACACACAGGCGAGCGUCCCUAUCCAUGUUCAGAGUGCAAGAAAUCUUUCACUCAAAAACGUGACCUUCAUAUACAUCAGAGAAUUCACACAGGUGAUCGUCCCUACUCAUGUUCAGAGUGUGGGAAAUCCUUCACUCAGAAAGUAGUCCUUCUUAAACAUCAGAGAAUUCACACAGAUGAGUGUCCUUAUUCAUGUACAGAGUGCGGGAAAUGUUUCCUUAAAAAAGAAGAGCUUACUACACACCAUAGAAUUCACACGGGAGAGCAUUCUUUUUCAUCUUCACAGUGCGGGAAAUCUUUCACUCAUAAAGGAGACCUACUUACACACCAGAGAAAACACAGAGGUGAGCAUCCUUAUUUAUGUUCAGAGUGCGGGAAAUCUUUCUCUCAGAAAGGAAACCUUGUGACCCACCAAAGAAUUCACACGGGUGAGCGUCCUUUUUUAUGUUCGGAGUGCGGAAAUUCUUUCACAGAGAAAAGAAGCCUUGUUGAACACCAGAGAAUUCACACGGGUGAACAUCCCUAUUCAUGUUCAGAGUGCGGGAAAACUUUCACUCAUAAAAUAGGCUAUGUAACACACCGGAGAACACACACGGGUGAGCGUCCUUAUUCAUGUUUAGAGUGCGGGAAAUCCUUCACUCUGAAAGGAGACCUUGUUAGGCAUCAGAGAAGUCACACGGGCGAGUGUCCUUAUUCAUGUUCAGAGUGCGGGAAGUCUUUCACUCAAAAACCAAGUCUUGUUAGACACCAGAGGAUUCACACGGUGAGCGUCCCUAUUCAUGUACAGAGUGCGGGAAAUGUUUCGCUGUGA